AUGUAUGUGCGGGCAGAUCAAUUACAAAUGGAGCUGCUGACGUGGUUUCACACCAACGCCAUCACCUGCAUUUGCCCCAUCGGCACAGGGUUGCAGGUCUGUGCUAGCGCAGACGAAGGUGGUCGUUUACGAUUAUGGCAGGUGUGUCGCGGAGAGGACCCAAAGGGUUUCCGUGUCCUGCGAUUCACCUCGGCUUUGACAAGUCUCACCGUGGAGUCCAGAGGGAAGUUCCUGUUAGCCAGCACUGAUGGAGGAUGUAUUCACGCCGUGUCGUGCGAGAGAUGGUCUGAAGCGCAGGUCAUCGACACGCAGCGCAUCAGUGAGGUAGGCAUCGCCAAGAUAUGCUGCAUCAACUCCGAGGACGGCUUAGCACUCAAAGUGGCCGCCCUCCUCUUCGAUGGCAGGAUAGCGAUGGUCUCGUUCUCCCUCCGGGAUCCAAAGGUGAAAAUGCUGGGACUCGUUGAAAACCUGGGCACGGUGGAAGACAUUUGCUUCCAUGACCAGGAUAAGACCGAAGAGCUGAACGUCCCGGGGAAGCUCUUGGCGGUCGGCUACAAUGCAGAUGCCGCCUCUUGCAUGUGGGCGAUAAGGGCGCUGAAGGAAGGUUACGAACCGCGAGACCUGACCAUUCCCCGUGAGGCGUGCCAGUUGUGGUCAACAAAGCUGACCUCUGACACUGGGCUGGCGGAGGGGCGGCCAACUGCGGUCUGCUCGCUGUCAAAGACUGAGGUAGCUGUAGGCUUUGCCAACGGUGCAGUCAAGGUUUUUGCGGUGCCAACGCACCCUGGAUUGAUUCUGAAAGGGCCAGCCACACCAGUGAGAAGUCUCUUGCAACCUGGUGUCCACCACGUCAUAACCAGCCUUCAGCCGAACAUCAGCGCAACCAUCCUGACAAUCGGCUCGAUGGACGGAACAGUGCUAAAGUUUGGUCUGCCCGAAGGCAACGAGCUUCUCAACAAGACUCUCCACAAUCCAUACAAUGGGGGCACUGCGCAGGUAGCAUGCAGCCGUGACGGCACAGUGACUAUGACAACCGGUGGUUCCGACGGCAUCAUUGUUUGGAGUGAGCCCGGCGCCGGCAUAACACUGACACCUGAUGAUUCGCACAUGAGUGUUGAAGAGGAUGACGCCUUUGGGGAUGCAUCACCUGGUGGCUUUGCCUUUGAGCUGGAUGACACGGACAUCAAUGCCUUCCCCGCAUGGUCGCCGCCUGCAGCAGGCGGUGACGCUGCUGCUGGAGACGACGAGGAGGUGGAGCUUUCCGAAGAGGCAGCCGCUAAGCGCAAACUGAUGGCGCACGAGAUUGAAGCUCUGCGCAAAAAGCUUCGCAUCCUCGUCGACCACAAUGCAAACGCUCCGGACCUCGAAAAGCUGGACCGCAGCGAGUUUUGCGUCGACUUCGAGGAGCGCUUCGCCAUCGCGUCCAAGACCAAGGAGCGCUGCGAUGAGCUUCGCGCUGACAUCGAGCAUCAGAACGUUGCGAGGCAGCUCGUGCGGGAUCGGCUCAUCAAGGAGUUCUGGGAUCCCAUGCGUGGCAAAGGCUGUCAGAUCACGUCCUUGACUUCCAGCCUGGCGGUCUCCAACUAUCCGGAGCGGACAGUCAGUGAGGAGGAGAGCACAGUGACUCGCAAGCUCCGAAUGCUGCGGCGCAGUGAGCAGCUGGAGCUCCAGAUGCUGCGCAGCAACUGCCCACCCGAACUACGCAACGACAUGGUGCUGGAUGAGGAUCACUUCACCACAGGUCGAGAGCAGUACAUUGUAAACUGGUGGCCGGCCUCCAACACCAAGGCGGCUGAGGCGCGAGCGAAGCAGCUCGCUGAGAUCGAGGCACAAGCAAAGCAAGCGCAACUGGAGAAGAAAGCUGCUGCAGAGAAGGAAGCAGAGAAGCAGAAGGAGAAAGAUGCCAAAGCAGCCAAGGAGGGUAGGGAGAAGUCAGAUGAUACUGGAGGUGUGAAAGUUGUCGAUGACACAGGAGGCGGUACCAGUGCUGAUUCCAUUGUGGCCGAAGAGCAGAAGUAUCUGUAUGAGCCCUUCGAGCUCGUUACAAAUAGCCGCCGCCGGCUGCAGAUCCACCUGCUGCAAUCGUUGUCGGCAGACUACCGCUUGCACUUCAAUGAACUCUUCAAGGCCUGCCAGGGUGACAAGAAGAACAUCAUCGAUGGCAUCAAGGAAAAAUGCAGCCGCAUUCGUCAAAUUCUGGGAGAGCUUCAGAUUGAGGAGGAGGUUCCAGAGCCAACUCUGCAAGAGGUGGAGGAUGCAGACUCUGUCCUCAAGGUUCAGGACCAUGAGAUUACAGUUGAGAAGUGGAUCUCACCAGAAGAGAAGAAAGCCAUGGAAGAAGCAGCGGCUAAAGAGGAGGAACGCUUGCGACAGCUCCGCGAGAAUGAUGCUGGCCAGCGUGCGCUGGUGCAGAUGAUGGGUGGGACGUUGAAGACGAAGAAGGACCUCACCCCGCUGGAGAUCGUUCUUGACAAAGAGCCAUGGAUGGACGAGAUACCGGAGGAAGAUAUGUCCGAGGCUCAAAAGCUUGCGUUUGCGGAGUACCAGGCAAAAGAGAAGGCUCUUGCCGAGGCACAGGAUGCAUACAAGAAGCAACUGUCCGCGGAGCUGAAGACUCUCCGUGCAGGUGUGCAAGAGUUGACUCUGCAGUUCGAAGGCCUCCUGAAGAAGCUGCAUCACGAGCGUUUCGCCCACGAUGCCAAGUUUCUGUGCCAAGAGCUGUAUUGUGCUCGCUUGCAGCUGGCGCUGCUGCAAAACGUAGAAGACAACCUCGUUCGCGAGCAAGCCCAGUUCGAUUUGGCAUCUGCGCAGCAGACUGUGCUAGCAUGCGACACGCGAUUCAGCGCCUUCUCUGCGGAAGUGCAAAAGGCAAAAGGGGAACAGGAUGACCGUGUGCGGUACGAGAAGGAGGUCUCCUCGGCACAACACUUCAGGCAGGCAUUUGCCAAUUCCACCCUCGAGGCCAACGCCAUCACGGCGCUUCUCCAGUUAUUCCGCAAGAAGAAGGAGCUGAAUCGAGCAAAGUCCUUCGCUUCGGAAGACGGAGGGCGGACCCGGCGCAGCGCCUCGACAGUGGGAAUCCCGAAGGGCGUACCUUCCUUCAACCUCGUGGAGGAAGGAGCAUCCGAUCCAUACCCGGAUCUGGGGGUCGAGCAAAAAGUGGCGCAUGCCCAGGUAGAGGACGACAUAAGCUUCGAGGACUGCCCAGAAGGCGUUGAUGAGGACAGCUUCAAUCGGAUGCUGGAGCUUCGGGCAGAGAAGCUCCAAGCAGAGACUGAAGUUGCAAGGGGUGCUGCCGUGCUCGGCGAGAUGGGCGGCUUCCUCGGGCACUUGGAGCGCGAGUGCAUGGAAGCCAAGGCAGACUUCGACCGGCUUGAGAGGGAGCUCCGAGAGCACAAGGCGCUGAUGGGCCGCGAGCUCUACGAUAUCGAGAUUCUCUUCAAACUAAAACAGGGCCAGGUUGAAGUUCCGCAAGCUGCAGUGGUCACGGACUACUCAGAUGCGAUAGUCAUUGAUCAAGAGGUCGUGGAGUCACGCAACAGGAGGAUAACGGAACUUGGCAAGGACAAGGUGCACAUCCUCACAAAGAUCAAGGAGUUCAGAAAGUCUCUGAGCACUUUGGACUGGGAGCAUGAGAUGCUGGCUCUUCAAACAACCGACCUCGAGGAGCGCACCAAAGAUGUGCACAUGCUCCGGGUUACGAAGGACUUGCAAUCGCUUCUCAAAGGUGGCGAGGAAGGCAGAAACAAAGCGGAGUCGGAUCUGCUUGAACGGAAGAUCGAGCAUCUCUCUGAAGCGACCGAGAAGAAGGAACAGGCACUGAAGAAGCAGUUUGCAAUGCUCGCCCAUGCGGCCAAGCUAAGAAAAAACGAGAAUGGAAUGCUGGAGAAGAAGCUUCGAGAACUCCAGCAGAACGUGAUCCAAAGAGAGCACAUUCGGCGCCUGCGUGCACCCUCUGGCCAACCACAGAAGACUGGAGGGGGUGGCCGCGUUGAGGAGGACGAGGGGGCAGCAAAGGCAGCACAUGCUGCCUUCAAAGAGUUGCGAAGCCGCCAGAAGCUCAUGGAAGUUGCCAAGAAAAACACCGAAGAAAUUGAGAUCUUGCACAAGGAGCUGGACCGGCUGCGACAGAGGACGUUCCCAUCGUUCGUCCAGUUGCACGAGGAUCGUCCGACGAACCCAGACCAUCGCUGA